AUGGCCAGCUCCGGCUCCGGCACCGCGCGCUCAUUCCUCUUCCUUUCUCCCUCCCUCCCCAAGCUCCUAGAAGAUGACUUCCAGUUCAUCCUUUGCGAGGGCUGCCGGCAGGAAUCACCCAACCUCAAGCUUCUCACCUGCCUCCACACCUUGUGCCUCAGUUGCCUGCAUGAGAACAAGCCCAUCGGGCAGUGCCCCGUGUGCCAGACGGCCAUCCCGCAAGCCAGCGGCAUCCCUGACACAGACAACCUGCUCUUCACCAACCUGCAGGUGAGGCUCAAGGUCUACAAGAAGAUCGUUGAUGGAGGUGACUUGUUCUGUGACAACUGCCAGAAAGCUGGUGAGUUCUGGUGCUCUGAGUGCGAGGAGUUCCUCUGCACCAAGUGCUUCGAGGCCCACCAGCGCUACCUGAAGAGGGAGAGCCACGAAGCCGAGAGGGUGAUGGACAUCAGGGCAGGAUCUGCUAAGGACUUCCUCAAGGGCACCAGGAGGACCGGUAACUUGUCCUGCUCCAACCCGACCCACAAGAGCCAGACUGUAAGCAUCUACUGCAACAAGUGCGAGAAGGCUCUGUGCUGCACAUGCGCGCUGGUGGACAGCCAGCAUGCCCCCUUCUGCGACAUCCGCAGCGAGACCCAGCGCAGGCAGGAGGAGCUGAGCACCAUGAGCCGGGAGCUGAAGCAGAAGAGAAGCGGCUUCGAGGCCACCUACGCGGCGCUGCAGGAUGAGGCCGCCCAGCUGGAGGAGGCGCAGCGGGAGAUGCGGGAGCUGAUCCGGCAGCGCGUGGAGCAGCUGGUGUGGCUGAUCCGGCGGGAGGAAGAGGAGCUGCUGGGGCUGGUGGAGGCGCGGCAGGAGCAGGGCCGGCGGGAGCUGGCGAGGGAGCUGCGGCACGUGGCGGGGGUGCUGGGGCGGAUGGAGGCGGGCGAGCGGCUGGUGGAGAAGAUGUGCCUCUACGCCACGGAGCAGGAGGUGAUGGACAUGCAGCCCUUCAUCAAGGCGUCGCUGGAGGAGCUGCAGCGGGUGCAGCCGCCGGCGGCCGGGGACCGAGCGCAGCCCGGGGACUUGGCUGAGUGCAGAGCCAGGCUGCAGGCGCUGGUGGAGCGCGUCACGGGGCACCCAGAAGCCGCCCCAGCUCCAGCCAUGGAAAACUCCCACCAGGUCUCCACCUCCAACCCUGAAAAGAGGAAGAAUGUCCAAAAUGUGAGUGUCAUGACAUCGCCAGUGAAGGUGAUGAAGGUUGAAGACAACGAUGACGGGUGGAACCGGAUGGUGCCGCAGCAGCCAAGCUGCUUGGAACAGCCUGGGACCAGCUGUUCGGUGUCCCCCAUGACUCUCGCUAAGGAGGACAGCCUGCUGGAAGACGUGCCAGAUGGCAACAGUGAGCUGCAAGACUCAGAUAGCGAUAUUCUCUGCUUGGACAGCUUUGAGGAGGACAGCACUGAUGACGAGUCGAUGGACUCCAGUCUGCUAGAUGACCCCAGCAACCUCCUCGAUGAGAGCACCAGCGAAGACGACUUGGGCUUUCCCAUCAGCAGCCAGAACACACUGGACGUGAAACAAGGAUCCCUGGUCUUCUUUGACGUGAAGAUUUUGAAAAAUGAAAGCAUUCAGAUGACAGUGGUAGAUGGAGAGAAAAUAUUCCCAGUCCUGAUUCAGCCAAUGAAAUGUUUGUCCAGCUUGAUGGCCAAAAAUAGCGUCUGCGAGAUCGGUCUGAGGAAUCUGCUGUGCCACCUCAGCACUGUCCACAGGCCCAUCCUGGGUGGCUUUGGUCUCUGGUCGCUCCCCUUUCCCACUCUUUUGGAAGCAUUGACAGUCAUGAAAAAGAAAGAGGAGUUCAGCUCUGUUGUGUGUGGUUUCCUGGACAUUUUGCCGCUGAUUAAGGAGGAGAUCCCCAAGAGGGAUAACUAUAAGCUGAAGAACUUGGCCAGCACUUACCUCUGGCAGCACUUUGGUGACUGCAGCGCCAUGGAGAAUGUCAACAUCAUGAAGUACCUCUGCGAGGUCCUGGAUGUCAACCUGAUGAAUAAACCCGGGCUGAUCAUCAGUCAAGCCAGCCUGGAGUCCUUCAUCUCCCUCCAGCCCUUGCUGGCUGAGAAGCUCCUCACCAAGCCAUCAGCCCAAACAUUGGCCACCCACAACAUUGGCCUCUCUGAGCUCUGGUCCUGCUACCAGCGCAAACCCAAGAACGGGCUCCAGCAAAUGUGCCGUCUCAUCAACGCUCACCGGCGCAGCUCCGAAAAGAAAGUCCGAAACCUGAGCAAGGUCAAGGUCUACUUCCAGUGCCAGGAGCAGUUGGCUGAGAGCCAGAAGACCCCGGCAGGCAGUGAUUUCCCCGGAGCCGUAAAGAGUGAGGAGAAGUGUUGAAAGAUGCUGGUGCCUCUCCAGUACUCAUUCCCCUCUCACCCAUGGGGAAUGAGUCCUGGAGCCAAAUCCUGGCUCACAUCGGUAGUUUUGCCUUCAAUAUUUCCUGCCUGCUCCUGCCUGGGGUGGUGAGUCUGGGUCUCUGGGUUGUCACAGUCUCUUGCUGUCCUCUCUCAUCUGAACUUGUGCCAAGGUGAAGAGGUGAGGACACCAGCUUGGCUGGGAGAUAUCCUGGCUCUGAUCCGACACCCUGCAGCCACGCCGUGCCUUUGUUUCGCCCCUGGAUGGAUCAGGCCAACUCU